GCGGCUGCGGGCCGCGCGGAGCGAGCGAGCGAGAGAGCGGCGCGGGCCGGGCCAUGGGGCGGCGGGCGGCGGGCGCGCUGCUGCUGGCGCUGCUGCUGCACGGGCGGCUGCUGGCGGUGACCCACGGGCUGAGGGCAUACGAUGGCUUGUCUCUGCCUGAGGACACGGAGACCGUCACGGCAAGCCAGAUGCGCUGGACACAUUCGUACCUUUCUGAUGAUGAGGACAUGCUGGCUGACAGCAUCUCGGGAGAUGACCUGGGCAGUGGGGACCUGGGCAGCGGGGACUUCCAGAUGGUUUAUUUCCGAGCCCUGGUGAAUUUCACUCGCUCCAUCGAGUACAGCCCUCAGCUGGAGGACGCAGGCUCCAGAGAGUUCCGAGAGGUGUCCGAGGCUGUGGUAGACACGCUGGAGUCGGAGUACUUGAAAAUUCCCGGAGACCAGGUUGUCAGUGUGGUGUUCAUCAAGGAGCUGGAUGGCUGGGUUUUUGUGGAGCUGGAUGUGGGCUCGGAAGGGAAUGCGGAUGGGGCUCAGAUUCAGGAGGUGCUGCUCAGGGUCAUCUCCAGCGGCUCCAUGGCCUCCUACAUCACCUCUCCCCAGGGAUUCCAGUUCCGACGUCUGGGCACAGUGCCCCAGUUCCCAAGAGCCUGCACGGAGGCCGAGUUUGCCUGCCACAGCUACAACGAGUGUGUGGCCCUGGAGUAUCGCUGUGACCGGCGGCCCGACUGCAGGGACAUGUCUGAUGAGCUCAAUUGCGAGGAGCCAGUCCUGGGGAUCAGCCCCACAUUCUCUCUCCUUGUGGAGACGACACCUUUACCACCCCGGCCAGAGACAACCAUCAUGCGACAGCCACCAGUCACCCACGCUCCUCAGCCCCUGCUUCCCGGUUCCGUCAGGCCCCGGCCCUGUGGGCCCCAGGAGGCCGCAUGCCGCAGUGGGCACUGCAUCCCCAGAGACUACCUCUGUGACGGACAGGAGGACUGCGAGGACGGCAGCGAUGAGCUGGACUGUGGCCCCCCGCCACCCUGUGAGCCCAACGAGUUCCCCUGCGGGAAUGGACAUUGUGCCCUCAAGUUGUGGCGCUGCGAUGGUGACUUUGACUGUGAGGACCGAACUGAUGAAGCCAGCUGCCCCACCAAGCGUCCUGAGGAAGUGUGCGGGCCCACACAGUUCCGAUGCGUCUCUACCAACACGUGCAUCCCAGCCAGCUUCCACUGUGACGAGGAGAGUGACUGUCCCGACCGGAGCGACGAGUUUGGCUGCAUGCCCCCCCAGGUGGUGACGCCUCCCCGGGAGUCCAUCCAGGCUUCCCGGGGCCAGACAGUGACCUUCACCUGCGUGGCCAUUGGCGUCCCCACCCCCAUCAUCAAUUGGAGGCUCAACUGGGGCCACAUCCUCUCUCAUCCCAGGGUGACAGUGACCAGCGAGGGUGGCCGUGGCACACUGAUCAUCCGUGACGUGAAGGAGUCAGACCAGGGUGCCUACACCUGUGAGGCCAUGAACGCCCGGGGCAUGGUGUUUGGCAUUCCUGAUGGUGUCCUUGAGCUCGUCCCACAACGAGCAGGCCCCUGCCCUGAUGGGCACUUCUACCUGGAGCACAGCGCCGCCUGCCUGCCCUGCUUCUGCUUUGGCAUCACCAGCGUGUGCCAGAGCAGCCGCCGCUUCCGGGACCAGAUCAGGCUGCGCUUUGACCAACCCGAUGACUUCAAGGGCGUGAAUGUGACAAUGCCUGCGCAGCCCGGCAUGCCACCCCUCUCCUCCACGCAGCUGCAGAUCGACCCAUCCCUGCACGAGUUCCAGCUAGUCGACCUGUCCCGCCGCUUCCUCGUCCACGACUCCUUCUGGUCUCUGCCUGUACAGUUCCUGGGCAACAAGGUGGACUCCUAUGGCGGCUCCCUGCGUUACAACGUGCGCUACGAGCUGGCUCGUGGCAUGCUGGAGCCAGUGCAGCGGCCGGACGUGGUCCUCGUGGGUGCCGGGUACCGCCUCCUCUCCCGAGGCCACACACCCACCCAACCUGGUGCUCUGAACCAGCGCCAGGUCCAGUUCUCUGAGGAGCACUGGGUCCAUGAAUCUGGCCGGCCGGUGCAGCGCGCGGAGCUGCUGCAGGUGCUGCAGAGCCUGGAGGCCGUGCUCAUCCAGACCGUGUACAACACCAAGAUGGCCAGCGUGGGACUUAGUGACAUCACCAUGGAUACCACUGUCACCCAUGCCACCAGCCAUGGCCGUGCCCACAGUGUGGAGGAGUGCAGAUGCCCCAUUGGCUAUUCUGGCUUGUCCUGCGAGAGCUGUGAUGCCCACUUCACUCGGGUGCCUGGUGGGCCCUACCUGGGCACCUGCUCUGGCUGCAAUUGCAAUGGCCAUGCCAGCUCCUGUGAUCCUGCGUAUGGCCACUGCCUGAAUUGCCAGCACAACACGGAGGGGCCACAAUGCAACAAGUGCAAGGCUGGCUUCUUUGGGGAUGCCACGAAGGCCACGGCCACUGCCUGCAGGCCCUGCCCUUGCCCAUACAUCGAUGCCUCCCGCAGAUUCUCAGACACUUGCUUCCUGGACACAGAUGGCCAAGCCACAUGUGACGCCUGUGCCCCAGGCUACACUGGCCGCCGCUGCGAGAGCUGUGCUCCCGGAUACGAGGGCAACCCCAUCCAGCCCGGCGGCAAGUGCAGGCCCGUCAACCAGGAGAUUGUGCGCUGUGACGAGCGUGGCAGCAUGGGGACCUCCGGGGAGGCCUGCCGCUGUAAGAACAAUGUGGUGGGGCGCUUGUGCAAUGAAUGUGCUGACGGCUCUUUCCACCUGAGUACCCGAAACCCCGAUGGCUGCCUCAAGUGCUUCUGCAUGGGUGUCAGUCGCCACUGCACCAGCUCUUCAUGGAGCCGUGCCCAGGUGCAUGGGGCCUCUGAGGAGCCUGGUCACUUCAGCCUGACCAACGCCGCAAGCACCCACACCACCACCGAGGGCAUCUUCUCCCCCAUGCCUGGGGAACUGGGAUUCUCCUCCUUCCACAGACUCUUAUCUGGACCCUACUUCUGGAGCCUCCCAUCACGCUUCCUGGGGGACAAGGUGACCUCCUAUGGAGGAGAGCUGCGCUUCACAGUGACCCAGCGGUCCCAGCCGGGCUCCACACCCCUGCACGGGCAGCCGUUGGUGGUGCUGCAAGGUAACAACAUCAUCCUAGAGCACCAUGUGGCCCAGGAGCCCAGCCCCGGCCAGCCCAGCACCUUCACUGUGCCCUUCCGGGAGCAAGCGUGGCAGCGGCCCGAUGGGCAGCCAGCCACACGGGAGCAUCUGCUGAUGGCACUGGCAGGCAUCGACACCCUCCUGAUCCGAGCAUCCUACGCCCAGCAGCCCGCUGAGAGCAGGGUCUCUGGCAUCAGCAUGGACGUGGCUGUGCCUGAGGAAACCGGCCAGGACCCCGCGCUGGAAGUGGAACAGUGCUCCUGCCCACCCGGGUACCGUGGCCCGUCCUGCCAGGACUGUGACACAGGCUACACACGCACGCCCAGUGGCCUCUACCUGGGUACCUGCGAACGCUGCAGCUGCCACGGCCACUCAGAGGCCUGCGAGCCCGAAACAGGUGCCUGCCAGGGCUGCCAGCAUCACACAGAGGGCCCUCAGUGUGAGCAGUGCCAGCCAGGAUACUACGGGGAUGCCCAGCGGGGGACACCUCAGGACUGCCAGCUGUGCCCCUGCUACGGAGACCCUGCUGCCGGCCAGGCUGCCCACACUUGUUUUCUGGACACAGACGGCCACCCCACCUGUGAUGCAUGCUCCCCAGGCCACAGUGGGCGUCACUGUGAGAGGUGUGCCCCUGGCUACUAUGGCAACCCCAGCCAGGGCCAGCCAUGUCAGAGAGACGGCCAGGUGCCAGGGCCCAUAGGCUGCAACUGUGACCCCCAAGGCAGCGUCAGCAGCCAGUGUGAUGCUGCUGGUCAGUGCCAGUGCAAGGCCCAGGUGGAAGGCCUCACCUGCAGCCACUGCCGACCCCACCACUUCCACCUGAGUGCCAGCAACCCCCACGGCUGCCUGCCCUGCUUCUGUAUGGGCAUCACCCAGCAGUGCGCCAGCUCUACCUACACGCGCCACCUGAUCGCCACCCAUUUUGCCCCUGGGGACUUCCAAGGCUUUGCCCUGGUGAACCCACAGCGGAACAGCCGCCUGACAGGAGAAUUCACUGUGGAACCUGUGCCUGAGGGUGCCCAGCUCUCUUUUGGCAACUUCGCCCACCUUGGCCACGAGUCCUUCUACUGGCAGCUGCCGGAGACAUACCAGGGAGACAAGGUGGCGGCCUAUGGUGGGAAGUUGCGAUACACCCUCUCCUACACGGCAGGCCCACAGGGCAGCCCGCUCUCUGACCCCGACGUGCAGAUCACGGGCAACAACAUCAUGCUAGUGGCCUCCCAGCCAGCGCUGCAGGGCCCUGAGAGGAGGAGCUACGAGAUCGUGUUCCGAGAGGAAUUCUGGCGCCGGCCCGAUGGGCAGCCGGCCACACGCGAGCACCUCCUGAUGGCACUGGCCGACCUGGAUGAGCUCCUGAUCCGGGCCACGUUCUCCUCCGUGCCGCUGGCGGCCAGCAUCAGCGCAGUCAGCCUGGAGGUCGCCCAGCCGGGGCCCUCAAACGGACCCCGCGCCCUAGAGGUGGAGGAGUGCCGCUGCCCCCCAGGCUACAUCGGUCUGUCCUGCCAGGACUGCGCCCCUGGCUACACGCGCACCGGGAGUGGGCUCUACCUCGGCCACUGCGAGCUGUGUGAAUGCAAUGGCCACUCAGACCUGUGCCACCCAGAGACUGGGGCCUGCUCGCAAUGCCAGCACAACGCCGCAGGGGAGUUCUGUGAGCUUUGUGCUCCUGGUUACUAUGGAGAUGCCACAGCCGGGACGCCUGAGGACUGCCAGCCCUGUGCCUGCCCGCUGACCAACCCAGAGAACAUGUUUUCCCGCACCUGUGAGAGCCUGGGAGCUGGUGGGUACCGCUGCACGGCCUGUGAACCCGGCUACACUGGCCAGUACUGUGAGCAGUGUGCCCCAGGUUACGUGGGUAACCCCAGUGUGCAAGGGGGCCGGUGCCUGCCAGAGACAAACCAAGCCCCACUGGUGGUCGAGGUCCAUCCUGCUCGAAGCAUAGUGCCCCAAGGUGGCUCCCACUCCCUGCGGUGCCAGGUCAGUGGGAGCCCACCCCACUACUUCUAUUGGUCCCGUGAGGAUGGGCGGCCUGUGCCCAGCAGCACCCAGCAGCGACAUCAAGGCUCCGAGCUCCACUUCCCCAGCGUCCAGCCCUCGGAUGCCGGGGUCUACAUUUGUACCUGCCGUAAUCUCCACCAAUCCAAUACCAGCCGGGCAGAGCUGCUAGUCACUGAGGCUCCAAGCAAGCCCAUCACAGUGACAGUGGAGGAGCAGCGGAGCCAGAGCGUGCGCCCCGGAGCUGACGUCACCUUCAUCUGCACAGCCAAAAGCAAGUCCCCAGCCUAUACCCUGGUGUGGACCCGCCUGCACAAUGGGAAACUGCCCACCCGAGCCAUGGAUUUCAACGGCAUCCUGACCAUUCGCAAUGUCCAGCUGAGUGAUGCGGGCACCUAUGUGUGCACCGGCUCCAACAUGUUUGCGAUGGACCAGGGCACAGCCACUCUACACGUGCAGGCCUCGGGCACCUCGUCCGCCCCCGUGGUCUCCAUCCACCCGCCACAGCUCACAGUGCAGCCCGGGCAACUGGCGGAGUUCCGCUGCAGCGCCACAGGGAGCCCCACGCCCACCCUCGAGUGGACAGGGGGCCCCGGCGGCCAGCUCCCUGCGAAGGCACAAAUCCACGGCGGCAUCCUGCGCCUGCCAGCUGUCGAGCCCACGGAUCAGGCCCAGUACUUGUGCCGAGCCCACAGCAGCGCUGGGCAGCAGGUGGCCAGGGCUGUGCUCCACGUGCAUGGGGGCGGUGGGCCCAGAGUUCAAGUGAGCCCAGAGAGGACCCAGGUCCACGAAGGCCGCACCGUCAGGCUGUACUGCAGGGCUGCAGGCGUGCCCAGUGCCACCAUCACCUGGAGGAAGGAAGGGGGCAGCCUCCCACCACAGGCCCGGUCGGAGCGCACAGACAUCGCAACACUGCUCAUCCCAGCCAUCACGACUGCUGACGCUGGCUUCUACCUCUGCGUGGCCACCAGCCCCGCAGGCACCGCCCAGGCCCGGAUCCAAGUGGUUGUCCUUUCAGCCUCAGAUGCCAGCCCACCGCCCGUGAAGAUUGAGUCCUCAUCGCCUUCUGUGACAGAAGGGCAGACACUUGACCUCAACUGUGUGGUGGCAGGGUCAGCCCAUGCCCAGGUCACCUGGUACAGGCGAGGGGGUAGCCUGCCUCCCCACACCCAGGUCCACGGCUCCCGUCUGCGGCUCCCCCAGGUCUCACCAGCUGAUUCUGGAGAAUAUGUGUGUCGUGUGGAGAAUGGAUCGGGCCCCAAGGAGGCCUCCAUUACUGUCUCUGUCCUCCACGGCUCCCAUUCUGGCCCCAGCUACACCCCAGUGCCUGGCAGCGCCCAUCCCAUCCGCAUCGAGCCCUCCUCCUCACACGUGGCUGAAGGGCAGACCCUGGAUCUGAACUGCGUGGUGCCUGGGCAGGCCCACGCCCAGGUCACGUGGCACAAGCGUGGGGGCAGCCUCCCUGCCCGGCACCAGACCCACGGCUCGCUGCUGCGACUGCACCAGGUGACCCCCGCCGACUCAGGCGAGUAUGUGUGCCGUGUGGUGGGCACCUCCGGCCCCCUGGAGGCCUCAGUCCUGGUCACCAUCGAAGCCUCUGUCAUCCCUGGACCUGUCCCACCUGUCAGGAUCGAGUCUUCAUCCUCCACAGUGGCCGAGGGGCAGACCCUGGAUCUGAGCUGUGUGGUGGCAGGGCAGGCCCAUGCCCAGGUCACAUGGUACAAGCGUGGGGGCAGCCUCCCUGCCCGUCACCAGGUUCGUGGCUCCCGCCUGUACAUCUUCCAGGCCUCACCUGCCGAUGCGGGACAGUACGUCUGCCGGGCCAGCAAUGGCAUGGAGGCCUCCAUCACGGUCACAGUAACUGGGACCCAGGGGGCCAACUUAGCCUACCCUGCCGGCAGCACUCAGCCCAUCCGCAUUGAGCCCUCCUCCUCACAAGUGGCCGAAGGGCAGACCCUGGAUCUGAACUGUGUGGUGCCUGGGCAGUCCCAUGCCCAGGUCACAUGGCACAAGCGUGGGGGCAGCCUCCCUGUCCGGCACCAGACCCACGGCUCCCUGCUGAGACUCUAUCAAGUGUCCCCCGCCGACUCAGGCGAGUAUGUGUGCCGAGUGUUGGGCAGCUCCGUGCCCCUAGAAGCCUCUGUCCUGGUCACCAUUGAGCCUGCGGGCUCAGUGCCUGCACUUGGGGUCACCCCCACAGUCCGAAUCGAGUCAUCAUCUUCUCAUGUGGCUGAAGGGCAGACCCUGGAUCUGAACUGCCUCGUUGCUGGUCAGGCCCAUGCCCAGGUUACAUGGCACAAGCGCGGGGGCAGCCUCCCGGCCCGGCACCAGGUUCAUGGCUCGAGGCUACGGCUGCUCCAGGUGACCCCAGCUGACUCAGGGGAGUACGUGUGCCGUGUGGUCGGCAGCUCAGGCACCCAGGAAGCCUCGGUCCUUGUCACCAUCCAGCAGCGCCUUAGUGGCUCCCACUCCCAGGGCGUGGCGUACCCCGUCCGCAUCGAGUCCUCCUCAGCCUCCCUGGCCAAUGGACACACUCUGGACCUCAACUGCCUGGUUGCCAGCCAGGCUCCCCACACCAUCACCUGGUAUAAGCGUGGAGGCAGCUUACCCAGCCGGCACCAGAUCGUAGGCUCCCGGCUGCGGAUCCCUCAGGUGACUCCGGCAGACUCGGGCGAGUACGUGUGUCACGUCAGUAACGGUGCAGGCUCCCGGGAGACCUCGCUCAUCGUCACCAUCCAGGGCAGCGGCUCCUCCCACGUGCCCAGCGUCUCCCCACCCAUCAGGAUCGAGUCCUCUUCCCCCACGGUGGUGGAAGGGCAGACCUUGGAUCUGAACUGCGUGGUCGCCAGGCAGCCCCAGGCUAUCAUCACAUGGUACAAGCGUGGGGGCAGCCUUCCCUCCCGACACCAGACCCAUGGCUCCCACUUGCGGUUGCACCAAAUGUCUGUGGCUGACUCGGGCGAGUAUGUGUGCCGGGCCAACAACAACAUCGAUGCCCUGGAGGCCUCCAUCGUCAUCUCCGUCUCCCCUGGCGCCGGCAGCCCCUCCGCCCCUGGCAGUUCCAUGCCCAUCAGAAUUGAGUCAUCAUCCUCACACGUGGCUGAAGGGCAGACCCUGGAUCUGAACUGCGUGGUCCCUGGGCAGGCCCAUGCCCAGGUCACUUGGCACAAGCGUGGGGGCAGCCUCCCCAGUCACCAUCAGACCCACGGCUCACGGCUGCGGCUGCACCAGGUGUCCCCGGCCGACUCGGGUGAAUACGUGUGCCGGGUGAUGGGCAGCUCCGGCCCCCUGGAGGCCUCAGUCCUGGUCACCAUUGAAGCCUCUGGCUCAAGUGCUGUCCACGUGCCCGCCCCAGGCGGAGCCCCACCCAUCCGCAUCGAGACUUCCUCCUCCCGAGUGGCCGAAGGGCAGACCCUGGAUCUGAAGUGCGUGGUGCCCGGGCAGGCCCACGCCCAGGUCAUGUGGCACAAGCGUGGAGGAAACCUCCCUGCCCGGCACCAGGUCCACGGCCCACUGCUGAGGCUGAACCAGGUGUCCCCGGCUGACUCUGGCGAGUACUCGUGCCAAGUGACCGGAAGCUCAGGCACCCUGGAGGCAUCUGUCCUGGUCACAAUUGAGCCCUCCAGCCCAGGACCCAUUCCUGCUCCAGGACUGGCCCAGCCCAUCUACAUCGAGGCCUCCUCUUCACACGUGACUGAAGGGCAGACUCUAGAUCUGAACUGUGUGGUGCCCGGGCAGGCCCAUGCCCAGGUCACGUGGUACAAGCGCGGGGGCAGCCUCCCCGCCCGGCACCAGACCCAUGGCUCCCAGCUGCGGCUCCACCACGUCUCCCCUGCUGACUCAGGCGAGUAUGUGUGUCGUGCAGCUGGCGGCCCAGGCCCUGAUCAAGAGGCCUCCUUCACAGUCACCGUCCCACCCAGCGAGGGGUCUUCCUACCGCCUUAGGAGCCCGGUCAUCUCCAUCGACCCACCCAGCAGCACCGUGCAGCAGGGCCAGGAUGCCAGCUUCAAGUGCCUCAUCCACGAUGGGGCAGCCCCCAUCAGCCUCGAGUGGAAGACCCGGAACCAGGAGCUGGAGGACAACGUCCACAUCAGUCCCAAUGGUUCCAUCAUCACCAUUGUGGGCACCCGGCCCAGCAACCAUGGUACCUACCGCUGCGUGGCCUCCAAUGCCUACGGUGUGGCCCAGAGUGUGGUGAACCUCAGUGUGCAAGGUCCCCCUACAGUGUCCGUGCUCCCCGAGGGCCCUGUGUGGGUGAAAGUGGGAAAGGCUGUCACCCUGGAGUGUGUCAGUGCCGGGGAGCCCCGCUCCUCUGCUCGUUGGACCCGGAUCAGCAGCACCCCUGCCAAGUUGGAGCAGCGGACAUAUGGGCUCAUGGACAGCCACGCGGUGCUGCAGAUUUCAUCAGCUAAACCAUCAGAUGCGGGCACUUACGUGUGCCUUGCUCAGAAUGCACUGGGCACAGCACAGAAGAAGGUGGAGGUGAUCGUGGACACGGGCGCCAUGGCCCCAGGGGCCCCUCAGGUCCAAGCUGAAGAAGCUGAGCUGACUGUGGAGGCUGGACACACGGCCACCUUGCGCUGCUCAGCCACAGGCAGCCCCGCACCCACCAUCCACUGGUCCAAGCUGCGUUCCCCACUGCCCUGGCAGCACCGGCUGGAAGGUGACACACUCAUCAUACCCCGGGUAGCCCAGCAGGACUCGGGCCAGUACAUCUGCAAUGCCACUAGCCCUGCCGGGCACGCUGAGGCCACCAUCAUCCUGCACGUGGAGAGCCCACCGUAUGCCACCACGGUCCCAGAGCACGCUUCGGUGCAGGCAGGGGAGACGGUGCAGCUCCAGUGCCUGGCUCACGGGACACCCCCACUCACCUUCCAGUGGAGCCGCGUGGGCAGCAGCCUUCCUGGGAGGGCGACCGCCAGGAACGAGCUGCUGCACUUUGAGCGUGCAGCCCCUGAGGACUCAGGCCGCUACCGCUGCCGGGUCACCAACAAGGUGGGCUCAGCCGAGGCCUUUGCCCAGCUGCUCGUCCAAGGCCCUCCCGGCUCUCUCCCUGCCACCUCCAUCCCAGCAGGGUCCACGCCCACCGUGCAGGUCACGCCUCAGCUAGAGACCAAGAGCAUUGGGGCCAGCGUUGAGUUCCACUGUGCUGUGCCCAGCGACCCGGGUACCCAGCUCCGUUGGUUCAAGGAAGGGGGUCAGCUGCCUCCGGGUCACAGCGUGCAAGAUGGGGUGCUCCGAAUCCAGAACUUGGACCAGAGCUGCCAAGGGAUGUAUAUUUGCCAAGCCCAUGGACCUUGGGGGAAGGCCCAGGCCAGUGCCCAGCUGGUUGUCCAAGCCCUGCCCUCGGUGCUCAUCAACAUCCGGACCUCUGUGCAGACCGUGGUGGUCGGCCACGCCGUGGAGUUCGAAUGCCUGGCACUGGGUGACCCCAAGCCUCAGGUGACAUGGAGCAAAGUUGGAGGGCACCUGCGGCCAGGCAUUGUGCAGAGCGGAGGCGUCGUCAGGAUCGCCCACGUAGAGCUGGCUGAUGCAGGACAGUAUCGCUGUACUGCCACCAAUGCAGCCGGCACCACACAAUCCCAUGUGCUGCUGCUUGUGCAAGCCUUGCCCCAGAUCUCAAUGCCCCAAGAAGUCCGUGUGCCUGCUGGUUCUGCAGCUGUCUUCCCCUGCAUAGCCUCAGGCUACCCUACUCCUGACAUCAGCUGGACCAAGCUGGAUGGCACCCUGCCACCCGACAGCCGCCUGGAGAACAACAUGCUGAUGCUGCCCUCAGUCCGACCCCAGGAUGCGGGCACCUACGUCUGCACUGCCACUAACCGCCAGGGCAAGGUCAAAGCCUUUGCCCACCUGCAGGUGCCAGAGCGGGUGGUGCCCUACUUCACGCAGACCCCCUACUCCUUCCUACCACUGCCCACCAUCAAGGAUGCCUACAGGAAGUUCGAGAUCAAGAUCACCUUCCGGCCUGACUCAGCCGAUGGGAUGCUGCUGUACAAUGGGCAGAAGCGAGUCCCAGGGAGCCCCACCAACCUGGCCAACCGGCAGCCCGACUUCAUCUCCUUCGGCCUCGUUGGGGGAAGGCCCGAGUUCCGGUUCGAUGCGGGCUCAGGCAUGGCCACCAUCCGCCACCCAACACCACUGGCCCUGGGCCAUUUCCACACCGUGACCCUGCUGCGCAGCCUCACCCAGGGCUCCCUGAUUGUGGGUGACCUGGCCCCAGUCAACGGGACCUCCCAGGGCAAGUUCCAGGGCCUGGACCUGAACGAGGAACUCUACCUGGGCGGCUACCCUGACUAUGGUGCCAUCCCCAAGGCGGGGCUGAGCAGCGGCUUCAUAGGCUGUGUCCGGGAGCUGCGCAUCCAGGGCGAGGAGAUCAUCUUCCAUGACCUCAACCUCACGGCGCACGGCAUCUCCCACUGCCCCACCUGUCGGGACCGGCCCUGCCAGAAUGGCGGUCAGUGCCAUGACUCCGAGAGCAGCAGCUACGUGUGUGUCUGCCCGGCCGGCUUCACCGGGAGCCGCUGUGAGCACUCGCAGGCCCUGCACUGCCAUCCAGAGGCCUGUGGGCCCGACGCCACCUGUGUGAACCGGCCUGACGGUCGAGGCUACACCUGCCGCUGCCACCUGGGCCGCUCGGGGUUGCGGUGUGAAGAAGGUGUGACAGUGACCACCCCCUCGCUGUCGGGUGCUGGCUCCUACCUGGCGCUGCCCGCCCUCACCAACACACACCACGAGCUACGCCUGGACGUGGAGUUCAAGCCACUUGCCCCUGACGGGGUCCUGCUGUUCAGCGGGGGGAAGAGCGGGCCUGUUGAGGACUUCGUGUCCCUGGCGAUGGUGGGCGGCCACCUGGAGUUCCGCUACGAGUUGGGGUCAGGGCUGGCCGUUCUGCGGAGCGCCGAGCCGCUGGCACUGGGCCGCUGGCACCGCGUGUCUGCAGAGCGUCUCAACAAGGACGGCAGCCUGCGGGUGAAUGGUGGACGCCCUGUGCUGCGCUCCUCGCCCGGCAAGAGCCAGGGCCUCAACCUGCACACCCUGCUCUACCUGGGGGGUGUGGAGCCUUCCGUGCCACUGUCCCCAGCCACCAACAUGAGCGCUCACUUCCGCGGCUGUGUGGGCGAGGUGUCAGUGAAUGGCAAACGGCUGGACCUCACCUACAGUUUCCUAGGCAGCCAGGGCAUUGGGCAGUGCUAUGACAGCUCCCCAUGUGAGCGCCAGCCAUGCCAACAUGGUGCCACGUGCAUGCCUGCUGGCGAGUAUGAAUUCCAGUGCCUGUGUCGAGAUGGAUUCAAAGGAGACCUGUGUGAGCAUGAGGAGAACCCCUGCCAGCUCCGUGAACCCUGUCUGCAUGGGGGCACCUGCCAGGGCACCCGCUGCCUCUGCCUCCCUGGCUUCUCUGGCCCACGCUGCCAACAAGGCUCUGGACAUGGCAUAGCAGAGUCCGACUGGCAUCUUGAAGGCAGCGGGGGCAAUGAUGCCCCUGGGCAGUACGGAGCCUAUUUCCACGAUGAUGGCUUCCUUGCCUUCCCUGGCCGUAUCUUCUCCAGGAGCCUGCCCGAGGUGCCCGAGACCAUCGAGCUGGAGGUUCGGACCAGCACGGCCAAUGGCCUCCUGCUCUGGCAGGGUGUGGAGGUGGGAGAGGCCGGCCGAGGCAAGGACUUCAUCAGCCUCGGGCUUCAGGAUGGGCACCUUGUCUUCAGGUACCAACUGGGUAGUGGGGAGGCCCGCCUGGUCUCUGAGGACCCCAUCAAUGACGGAGAGUGGCACCGGGUGACAGCGCUGCGGGAGGGCCGCAGAGGUUCCAUCCAAGUCGACGGUGAGGAGCUGGUCAGCGGCCGGUCCCCAGGUCCCAACGUGGCAGUCAACGCCAAGGGCAGCAUCUACAUCGGCGGAGCCCCUGACGUGGCCACGCUGACUGGCGGCAGGUUCUCCUCGGGCAUCACAGGCUGUGUCAAGAACCUGGUGCUGCACUCAGCCCGACCCGGCGCCCCGCCCCCACAGCCCCUGGACCUGCAGCACCGCGCCCAGGCCGGGGCCAACACACGCCCCUGUCCCUCGUAGGCACCUGCCUGCCCCACACGGACUCCCGGGCCGCGCCCCAGCCCGACAGUGUCGAGUAUAUUAUUAUUAAUAUUAUUAUGAAUUUUUGUAAGAAACUGAGGCGAUGCCACGCUUUGCUGCUACCGCCCUGGGCUGGACUGGAGGUGGGCAUGCCACCCCCACACACACAGCUGGGCAAAGCCACAAGGCUGGCCAGCAAGGCAGGUUGGAUGGGAGUGGGCGCCUCAAAGCCCCAGGACUUGGGGUCAGGAACGGUGGCUGGGUGGGCCCAGAACUGCCCCCAUUGUCCCCCUACCUACCGAUGGAGCCCCCAGAUAGAGCUGGGUGGCCUGUUUCUGCAGCCCUUGGGCAGUUCUCACUCCUAGGAGAGCCAACCUCGGCUUGUGGGCUGGUGCCCCACAGCUACCUGAGAUGGGCAUCGCAGGAGUCUCUGCCACCCACUCAGGAUUGGGAAUUGUCUUUAGUGCCGGUUGUGGAGCAAAAGGCAGCUCACCCCUGGGCAGGCAGUCCCCAUCCCCACCAGCUGGUUUUUCAGCACCCCCACCCACCUCCACCCAGCCCCUGGCACCUCCUCUGGCAGCCUCCCCCUCCUACCACGCCCUCCUGGCCUGCAUUCCCACCCCCUCCUGCCAGCACACAGCCUGGGGUCCCUCCCUCAGGGGCUGUAAGGGAAGGCCCACCCCAACUCUUACCAGGAGCUGCUACAGGCAGAGCCCAGCACUGAUAAGGCCCCGCCCACCGGGCCCCACCCACCCCAGGCCACAUCCCCACCCAUCUGGAAGUGAAGGCCCAGGGACUCCUCCGACGGACGGACGGACGCCGCUGGUGCUCAGGAAGAGCUAGUGCCUUAGGUGGGGGAAGGCAGGACUCACGACUGAGAGAGACAGGAGGGGGAUAUGACCACUCUGCCCCAUCUGCGGGAGCCUGAAGAUCCAGCUCGAGUGCCAUCCUGCCAGUGGCCCCCAGACUGUGGGGUUGGGACGCCUGGCCUCUGUGUCCUAGAAGGGACCCUCCUGUGGUCUUUGUCUUGAUUUUUCUUAAUAAACGGUGCUAUCCCCGC